AUGCUCUGUCAUUUGAUGAUGUUGCAUGAGGUUCGUGAUGUAGAGGUAGCCAAGGCUGGGAGGUUUCGGUUCGAGUUACAAGGCAGGAUGGUUGAAUAUGAUGAAAUAGAAUUUUGUUUGAUUACCGGUUUGAGAUUUGGGCCGUAUGUUGAUAUAAUAAGUACAAAAGUCAAUAGAAGUUCAACAUUAAGGAAUCGGUUGUUCCAUAAUGUGAGAGAUGAAGAUUUACGGCUGAAAGAUUUAGAAGACUACGUAAAAGGGCCAGCAUUCUCGACGUAUAGCGAUGAGGAUGCGGUAAUGGUUAUGCAAAUGAUAUUUUUGUUGAGGGGUCUCAUAGGACGAGACGGCAAUACGUGCAUUCCGUCGGCAGUGUAUGAGCUAGACGAUAGUCAAUAUAAUUGGAACAAAUAUUUACGAGAUAAUGAGGAUGAGGGUUACACGAAGACGAUGAAGUAUACUGUUCUAGGUUUUCAGUUUCCGUUUAAGGAUAAUAACAUCCCACGUGAUUUUGAACCAACACCUGUUGAGAUCAAUUUGCCAUUCUUUGUGCGUUAUGUUAAUUGGACUCUAGACAAAGUGCAAUCGCCACCGCAACAAUAG